CGUUCCUGGACUUGAAGUUUGAUUAUCACACCGCGUUCAUAAACCGCCUACGCGAACAUGUCCAGAUGACCAAGUACAGCUGGAACGAGCUUCAAUCCUUCGAGUCCAAGAGGCGCUCCUGUGCCGAGAAAUUCGUGGAAAAGUAUGGCAUAACAUACUGGGGCGCAGAAACCCGCAAGAGUUACCUGCUGCCAGAGGCUUUUGAAGAGCCCGAAUCUCUCUGUACCUACCCAGAACGCAAAGACGAAAUCAUUCGGACGGUUGCCCUCUUGCUCGAAAGAAAGGCAAACAGUGCUAUGAGGAACAAAGAGAAGCCGGGCUCGAUGGAGGUCAGUAACAAAACAUCUCCUCUUGUCCGCAUAUAACUAACAAGAAGUUAUGGGGAAUAUACAGCUGGCUACACCCACUCGACGUACUUCUGCUUCCGUGCCACCAGCCUGGGUGAAUUCUCCCUAUGCUACAUCAACUUCAAGCCCGGAGCUUUUCAGAUAUACAGUGGACCACACAAAUGGAGAUAAACUCAAGAGAGGGGCAUCUGACAGAUGUAAGACAUCAACCGAUUGGGAAAUGGACGCCCCAGAACCCACUAGCCAAAAGCCUAGAAUCUCAGCACCGAGUGGUAUACGCCCGUUUAGCUCUAUUUGGAGUCAUGGCCAGGAGAACAAUGGCAACGUUCACCCCGAGCCAACAAGCCCGAAAGCGAAUUGGACCAGUGCUGGUGAUAAGGCAGGCACAACUGCUGAAAAAGCGAGUAAUCAGGAGGGAAACUACCCGAAUGAUACCAAGUUCUUGGUGGAGGCUUCGAGCCAGGAAGGAAUGGCGCCUGUCUGGGUGUCUUUUCAGAAUUUCCCGUCCGCAUCUUCGUUCUUGGAGCACAUGGCGGCUGAAUGCAGAGUGGACGAGUGGAGUCCAUCCAGGCAGAUCUUGACUGAAAACUCGAACUGGGAGUCUGGGCAACUGGUCCUUGCAGCUUCCGUUAAGUUUGAAUGGUCAGGAUUUGAAAUUCGUGUCCGCCAGGGGGUCGAUCACGACCUGACUAUCGUCUUUCAGGAACUGCAGAAGGCUUGGAAGUCCAAGGAACUUAAUCUGGAUGGCGGUUUGGUUAAGCAGUUCAGGAUUAAGGUGAUGCUUCACGUUAGUUGAUCUGCUAUUGGCUUUUUGUUCGUUGGUUGAAGUUUGAUAAGUGAAGUUAUAGUAAGUUUUGACGAUUCUGGGAGAUAACAGGAAUAACAGAGGGGCUUAUGAGAUGGAAAAAGUGAAAAU